AUGCUUGUUGCUUUUUUCACCGUAGUCUCUUUUAUAAACGCGCUAGAAUUUCAAGAGACAACCGAUCAGAUAGAAGAAGGACUAGAAUCUUGCACGGAUCCUGUAAUCGCUAGAAUCGCAGGAGGAGAGCCAGCAAACCCCAGUUCUUGGCCGUGGCUGGUUAGACUUGCAAUAGAAGAUUCAAGAUUUGGAACCCUAACUUGCGGGGGAACGAUCGUUUCGAACAAAUAUGUUCUUACUGCAGGUCACUGCCUGUAUUUCGCCACGAAAGUCGUCGCCACUUUCGCCGAUGUUAGCAUAGCCGAAAAUGAAGAAGAUGAAUUUUCGCUCGAGUCGACUAUUUUUCAUAUUCACCCUGAUUAUGUCGGGCUCAAUCGAGACAUGGGACUGAUAGAAUUUGACGAUAUUUAUGGAAACGAAAAGACUCCUGGUUCAAUUCAGACUGUUUGUUUUGCAGGAUUGGGCACAAGAACUUUGGGAACCGAAGCUUGCUGGACCGCUGGGUGGGGCGAACUAUCCUACGCUGGCAAGACUCCUGAUGAGCUUCAUUCAGUUGGGCUCAAUAUUUUCAGCAAAUACUACUGCUACAGAUACAGUUAUCCGAUGCCGUUUUACGAAGAUGAUAUCUGCGCCGGAGCGCCGGAUAAGAAUGGAAAUGGACUGACUGAUGCAGGGACAGACACAUGCAAAGGUGAUUCAGGAGGGCCGCUGAUUUGCAAUGUCGACGGGAAAGCCACGAUGGUUGGUUUGACAAGUCGGGGAGUUGGCUGUGCCUUUGAAGGGUACCCAGGAUUGUACACAUCGAUCCUCGAAAAUUCUGAUUGGCUUAGCUCCAUGCUCGGUUCAUCGAAAUUCAGAGAGAUUACAGCAAGUGAAACAUCAAGAUUCUCUUGUGCUUUGAAUAAAACUCUCGACUUUUUCGGAAACUGUAUCGAGCCAGAAAACAAUCGAAAAGAGUGGAAAACUAACUGGAGCGAGUGCAAAAACGGCCAGCGCACUAGAAAAUACAGACUUUUCUCGUCGAUUACAAAGGCUGCAGAUUCAACGUCCACGCAUUUUGAUCUCAAAAUCGGACCAACAAUACCAGUCAGAGAAUCAUGCAACGAUCCAACGGUCCAAUGCAGCGAAGAACAUGCAAUCUACAAUACUUCCACAAAAACCUGUGAACCCCAAGAAGGUUUCACCCGCACAAGCUUUGGAAUACUCCCGCAGUCGGUUGAAGAACUCGGCGAUGAUAUAAUUUCAGAAGUGACAAAGAGGAUCAAUAAAUUGUUUUGGGUUGUUGCGAGGGCGGAUCUCGUCAAAUUCGAUCGCUUGACGAAAACCUUAAAGGACGCAGAAGAUGAUAUGAUGAAAAAAGUCAAAAGAGCCUGUGGCAAAACUAGCCAGCGGCUCAAUCCUAGACUUUAUGAAGAAUUGAAGAUAAUGCACGAUAUCCUGCAAAACACCAUAAAACCCUCCUCAUCCAAUAUCGAUGCCCUUCGAAAAGCGAUAAAACUUCUCAAUCGCUACCAACAAAAUACAAUUUUCAACUGCCCGAAAUCCGGUUAUGGCCCAGAUCCAACAGAUGAAGAGGACUCUGGCGGAGUCACGUGCGUAGAAGGAAAAGCCAGCGCUGGAGGAAACAUGAAUUUGUAUCACAAAUGCAAAAUAAUGCUGAGAAUGAAGAAUAUUUUCGAGCAAACCUUGCUUGUGCAGUUUUGA